GAUAGUGUUACAUUAGGUAUCCAUCACUUUAGACUUUUUGAAUCGUAUACAUACAAUUUUUUUUGGUAGUUCAUAUCAAAAGUUAUUAAUUUCAUUAAAGAUUUAUUUAUGUAGAAGAGUUUUUGAUAUCAAAUUUUUUUUACUUAUAAUUAUAUAAAAUCUGAUAAGAUAAAUAUGAUUGAUCUAUGUAUAAUAUAAAUUAUUUAAUAUACAUUGGUAAGAUUUAAUGCAUGAUAUUAAAGGGCUGUGAGAUCUGGGCUGAAAUCUCAUAAAAACUGGACAACUACAAUUACAUAUAUUUAGUUAAUUUAUUUGUUAUUGGAACAUAUAUGUGUAUAUGAAGUUUUUUUUUAUAAAUAUUAUUAUUUUAUCGAGAUUUUACCAUUUACCAUCAUGUUAUAUCUCCAUUAAAAGUUUAAAAGAUUUGAUUGUUGAUUUUGGCUGCAAUUAAUUAUAUUAAGCUGCCGGCCGCUCACCAUUAUAAAAUAAAUUUAAAAUAGAUUAUUGUUUAAAAUGUUUACAUUAUUUUUAAAAGUAAACCACUAUAUAAGCAAUUAAAAACUUCUUUCUAAUAGAUUUAAAAUCAUGAUUUUAAUGUUAUCUUUUCUACGUAUUAGAAAUCUUUUGAUUUUUAAUAUAUAAAAUUCAAAAUUCUAGAAAACUAAGCGAAUAAUUUGAACAAAGGCUACAACGCAUAUACAUUAUUUGUAUGAAAGAAAUUUAUAAUAAAUGAAAAAGAGAAUUAAGAAGUUGCACUUAAAAACAUUAGCUAGCUCACCUAGCUGGUUCACUUUUCAGUCUGGUGUAAGUUUGAUCUGCUGUCAUAAGAUUGUAAUAAUAUAAAGUUAUAAACUAAUGAUGUGAUCGAUGAACUCAUGCAUGACGUCAGGCUAGUUUAUAUCAAAUUAACAAUAAGCAUGACUUGUAUAUAUAUACUAAAUAGGAGAAAAUUUACAUAUUAACUUCUUGGAAUAUACUCUUUUUGGUCAUCUACUCCUCUUCUUGAAAAUUUACUCUUCUUGAAAAUUUACAUAUUAACUUCUUGGAAUAGGCUACUUUCUGUCAAGUUACAUAAAACAUCACUUUUCCUGCCUUAUCAUCAUGUACUGGUCUAAUUUUAGAGAUUGGUGUAUAGGAAUACUGUUAAGUCCAGUGGCUUUAGUCUUAUCCUUAGCUGCACUUCUAGGGGCCCUGAUCGUAUACUUGGGUUUAGUUGUAGUAAAAAUCCUUAAGAACUUAGUUAAGUAUAUCAGUUUAGACUACAAUUCGAUCAGACAUACCUCUAAGCAGCGGGAGGAUGCCUCUGUAUUUUUACGCCCAAGAAAUCACAUGGAUGCUGCAUUGUAUGAUGCUGUUUGUAAGGAUAACAUUGAUGUCCUCAAGCAGAUGGAGGGAAGACUUCGCGUCGGUCGUCAACUGACUCCUACAAACAAUACGGUACUUCAUAUUGCAUGCCAAUACGGGAGUAUAAAUUGUGUAAAACACCUUUUGAGUGUCCAUGGUGAACUAAUCGAAAAGGUUAACUUAAAAGGUGAUAUCGCGCUUCAUCUGGCAGCAAGACAAGGACACUACGACGUGGUUGUAGCACUCAUAAAUGCAGCUAAGUCUUCCAUUCAAAAACCUGAAUCUACCAGCAACGCGUCUAUAGCUCUGAUACAAUCUCAGGUUAGUAAAAAAAAUAUGGAGCAUGAAACUCCCUUGCACGAUGCAGUACGGUACAAUCACAACAACGUGGUUCAGCUUCUAGUAAAUGAAGCUCCAAAUGCAUUCCAUUGUCAGAAUAAGCGAAAGGAAUCUCCACUCUACUUGGCUUCUACUAGGUGUAAUAUUGAUAUUAUUACAACAAUUCUUUGCACUUGUGUUUGGGCGGUGAUUGGCGACGAUGGUCCUGCAGGAAGGACAGCUUUACAUGCUGUAGUUUUAGACGAUGGCAAACAUGAUAUUUUACGCAAAUCAGAAUGUGUGAAACUUCUAACGGAUAAACGUAAAUAUCUUAUAGAAGAACAAGAUGACAACGGGUGGACAGUAUUUCAUUAUGUGGCAUGCAAUGAUCUUUAUACAAUAGUCGAAAAUCUAGUAAGUGAAGACUGCAAGUCUGCGGCAUACGUGCGGGAUAAGAAGUAUAAGAGAACAGCUCUUCAUGUAGCAGCAUAUAAAGGAAACGUCCGUGUGAUGGAGAAACUUGUGCAAUAUUUUCCAGAUUGUUGGGAUAUGGUGGAUAAAAAUUGUCAAAAUAUAAUGCACAUCGCGGUGGAGCAAGACAGGAAAGAGGUGAUUAGAUAUAUUCUGUCGCAAGGUUGUAAAGCAUACGGUAACCUACUGAUGCAGAGGGACAAAGAUGGAAAUACGCCCCUCCACCUGAUUACCAAGUUAGGUUGUUAUGUCCAAGAACUGAUGGAUGAAAGAACGAUUGAUUGGGAAGUACUGAAUGGCGAAAAUGGCACUCCCCUAGAUCACCUAAUACAUCGGGGAAAAGAGACUGCUCCUCUAACAGAUCAGGCCAUGCUUAGAAGAACACUUGUUGACGCCAAUGUUAAAAAGCACUGGCACUUUUUGCAAGCACUUGAAGAGGGAUAUACGCAAAAUGAGGAGGAUACUAAAGAAGUCGAGCUGUAUAAAAGAUGGAUCAGCACUCAUAUGGUAGUGGCUGCACUCAUCACCACUGUAGCCUUGACAGCGGGUUUUGCCAUGCCAGGCGGCUUUGAUGGGAAUCAAGGACAGUCCCAAGGAUCCGCAGUUCUUUUAAGAAAAACAAGUUUCGAGGCGUUUAUAGUAACAGAUACAAUAGCUCUGAUUUGCUCAAUGUCUUCAUUAUUCCUCUUCUUCAUGACAACAAUGUAUGAAGAUGUUGGGAGAGUAAGAAAAUUGUUCUUCAUAGCUGUGCUGCUCAACACGGCUUCGAUCAUCACAAUAACGGUGGCUUUCAUAACCGGGACAUACUCUGUCCUGGAUCACUCAUCAGCCCUUGCGAUUAGUAUUAUUGUUAUCGCUUGCUCAUUCCUUGGCAUUGCCUUUCUGGUAUUCAUUAGCAUGUUAAUUACUGUAACCAGGAUUCUUGCCGCAGAUAUUAGUGAUAGUGCGAUCUCCGACUAUCUAUUGUCCUCACAAACUUGGCAAGUAGCAGAAUGAAGCAGAUUCUGUGCUGAGAACCUACUUCUUUACUCAACUCUUAUUUAUUAUCAUUGUAUCCAAAACUUUUAAAUUCUUGAUAUGUCAAUCCUUUCAGCUUCAUCAGUGUUGUAAUCAUCAAGCUUAGUUAUGUAAGUUUAGAUCUCCGGGGACUUCAAUUUUACACUGGAGUUCUGCUAUACAAA